CGCAUUGUUUUCAUGACCAGGUCCGUUCUAGGCUCAACCCUGAACAGUAAUAGUGAGACAUUCCUCAGCCGAAACAUAAAGGCUGCGCCUGAAUUUAACAGGCGAUGGAUAGUUCCACUGCAUUGGACCCGAGAGCAUCCCAUGGUCGACAAGCUGCCUGCUUGAAUUGCAGAAAAAGCAAGGUCCGCUGCAACCGAAGCCAGGGUGAUGCAUACUGCGGUAGAUGCAAGCAAGCCAAUGUAGAAUGCGUCAUACCUAAUCACCAUGUCGGUAGACAGAAAGGCGUCAAAAACAAACGCAAGGGCCUUGAAAAAGCGAUUCACCAGAUUGAGCAAGCCAUCAAGCGACCCAGGAAUGACACUUCAGGGGCCGAGACUGCUCACAAACUCAUAUCAGACCUCCAAGACUUGCUCAGCAAUACGCGAGAAAAACAACUCGACAGCGAGGUAGAUGAUCGAUCCGAGGACCUCAACCGACCUUAUACGUAUCCUUCUCCCCAGGAUAACAAUGCCGGGGAAAACUUGUCCUUAGAUGAUGCAGAGAAUCCUUUGCAGCUACUUGCACGUGCCUCGGAUCUUCAGUUAUCGCCAACUGAGGUGCGUGACGCAUACAGAUGGCCACCGUCAACGUACCCACAGCACACAGAGGUGCCGCAGAGUAAUAUCAAUGGAAGCGUACCUGCUGCACAAGCGUACUUCGUCCCUAUCCGGGCAAGCUUGGACAUUGGCUUGGAUAUAGACCCCAUCGACAUUGGUCUCAUCACCCUGAAUGAAGCCGAAUCGCUUUUUUCUUUCUUUUACCAGAAUCUCGCACAUACUCGAUGGGGCUUAGACCCCCUAGUUCACACCGUGUCAUUUGUACGCUCCCAAUCCGCAUUCCUGUUUACAUCUAUCAUGUCUGCGACUGCCUUGUUUUUACCAUCUGCUACAGCACUUUCGAAGCGGCUUUCCAGGCAUUGCAAGGCCUUGGCACAGAAUGUCAUUGCCCGACGCCACAGAUCAGUCGAGAUUGUUCUAGCCUUCAUGGUGAAUGUCCCAUGGAUGGAGCCAGGUAGUUGCCUAGGAGAUGAUGAUACAUGUUCCUAUAUUGCAAUGGCUCUAGCUGUUGCGUUGGACCUAUCAUUGAACAAGAUUGUGCUACCAUCCACAAGCUUUGACCAUGGUCUACUCAAAAGGCUUGCCAAAGCCGAGUCCAUCGAUGCAAAGAGAGCCCUGUAUGUGGAUGGAUUUGAUGGCAUAGAUCCAGACUCCGACUGGGGCCGGAGACUACUUCGGAGGCGAGAGAGGACCUGGAUAGCACUCUUCGUUCUUGAAAGAGGCGUAUGCCUGGCCCGCGGGCGAAGCUACACAGUGCCCUCGACCGCUCUUGUUGAUCAUUGUGAUAAGUGGCACGUGUCUGACUUCGCAGACUCUCGUGAUGGUCCGAUGAAUUCAAUGGCUGUACUCCGACGGAACCUGGACGGCCUCUUCCAAAGGGUAAAGGCCAACUGCGAUAGCCACCAGAUCACUGAUGUCGGGUCUGAAGUAGCCCACUCAAUCAAGAACAUGAUAGAAAGCUUCUAUGACCAAUGGUCUGAGGUAUGGGCACCUGAGAUUGGAGAAGGCCAAUCAUACUCUCUUCCGCCCUAUGUUGAGAUCCUGGUAACGCAUACGAGGCUAUCGACAUACAGCGGUGUGAUCAAUCAUCCUACAGCACCGGUCGAAGUUAAGCGUUUCUUCCGUGCCGCCGGUCUUUCUUCAGCACUGAAUGUCCUGAGAGCAGCUAUCCAAGGCGAGUCGCGAUUGAAGUCUAUGCCUAACAAUACUGUUAUCAUGAUAUCCUUUGCUGCAUGUUCCGCGCUUAGUCUCAGUAUGAUGCCAGCAGACUGCCGGUCCAGCCUGGCUCCGAGUGUUCACAAUCUGAUUGAAGAAACUGCCGGUGUCCUCGAACGGAUCGGAGAUACUCCCCGCCAUAGAAAUGGCGCGUCUGUCCUCUAUGGGCGCUUCCUGAGAGCGCUUGUUAGACGCUUCCCGGUAAGCUCGGGCUCCCAGAAUCCCAAUGGGCCGCGAACGUUGGCCGACACGGGAACCCUACACCCUCCGUCGGACAUGGAUGGAUAUUGUCCCGUAAGUUCGGGGGCGCAAGCAUCGUCGAUCUCGCCCUCAAUUAUUUGGCCUGAGCCGCUCCGGUUUUCCACCAUGUCCGAUGACCAAAUCAUUGACGCAGUAAACCGAGCUGGCACUGCGUUCGGGACAAAUGUACCCGAUGUCCCACUCGACGAUCUGAUGAGUUGGGAUUGGUUCGACGUCGGAAAUGCGGCAGACUUUGGCUUCUGAAUGAUGGGAGGGGUCUUCUACGUGGGCUGGGUGGCUAUCUACAUGGUCACCCAUGGGUCUCAUGAACUAAGCGUAACCGAUCGCAUUCUGGUUCCGGACCGAAAGGCCCUGGGAGCUCCGGUCGGCGUCUAGAAG